CAAUACCUCUACUGUACAAUGUACCAGUGCAGAAUGCAAUACCUCUACUGUACAAUGUGUGAAUUGCACAGUGCAAAGCAGCGAAGUUCUUACUCGAUUGGAGUCGAUACAAUUCAUUUGCAACUUGGCUGGGAUCACGUGCCUUUGCAGAACCGCCUUUCAAAGUUUUUUUUUCUGUGUUGGGUCGUUGGGAUUGGAAAAUCGCCGUGUAGUUAGCAAUAUUAAUUGGUGCUCCUACCUAUGAGGAGGUAAUUAAUGUUGCCCUGUUGGUAACAUAUUUAGCAAUAUCAUUCUUACCCUUUCGUCAAAAUAGGCGAAACCCAGUGCCACGAAGUCGUGCGGUGGUGUUUUCAUUGAACUGAGUGAAGAGUUUGCUGCUGCGGGUUUCUCUGCAGUCCAGCACCCUGACUGCAUUUCGGGAGAGCUGCUGCCGACAACGCUACCCCUCCAGGAUGAAAGACCGCUCCAACUUGUGGGCAUUCACUUUAUUCCUUCAUUUUGCCCGCGGAUCCGCAGGUGUCUUUCAUGUGCCUCCCUUGACCCAUGUACCACCUCAGAAUGUGCCGACGCCAGCAGGAGAAUCCCAAAGUACUGCCAGUGAUGCUCUGUUUGCAACAAACAUUCGGGAAGAGAUUAGAUUCAAACCUGGAGCAGCAAACAUUAUAAUAUCACAAGGCAAUCCUGUAAGCUUUAACUGUUCCAUUGAUGUACCUGAGUUUUACCAGGAUGUGCCUAUUCAAUGGCUGAAGAAUGGUAAAGAGCUAAUCGAUGGCCACCGUUGCUCCUACAAAGGGAUUGCUUUUGCAGUCAGUGAACACAGAGCCAGGAUCCUCAGCAGCUGCAGCAUCUCCAAUGUACUGCAUUCUGAUGCAGGUGUUUACAACUGUAGGAUAUUAAUCUCUAAUGUUCCCAUUGAAUCAGAGAAGAUCAAUCUUCAGAUAGAAGGAUUGCCAAGUUUUAUUCAAGAACCUGAAUCAAAGAAUGUCACAAGAGAUGCUUCCUUUAAUCUCACCUGUGAGGCUGUGGGCCCACCAUAUCCUGUGGAUAUUUACUGGUUACAGAAUGGUGAGAAGAUGAAAAUGAUUGCAGACACUUCCCCUUCUGUUUUGACUGUCGCAGGAAUUAAUGAACGGACGAGAUAUAGCUGUGAAGCACACAAUCCAAAAGGAGUAGCAGUUUCAAAGGAAGCCCAGGUUAACAUCAAGGACAUCCCACAUGCACCGAUGAACCUACAGAUUAAGAACCAAACAGCGCACACUGUUGUAGUUUCAUGGGAGCCUGGCUUUGAUGGAUACUCCUCACUCAACACUUGCCUAUUCCAGGUUAAGAAAGUUGAAGAUGCUGAAAACGAGACCAGUCCAGUGCUUAACUAUCAAACUACAGUUCCACCUUAUGAGUAUGGGAUCCUUCAGCUACAAGCCAUGACAUCCUACAGUAUCUGUGUUUCUUGUAAGAAUGAAGUUGGAUGGUCAAAGCACUGUUCUGCUGUCCAGGCCAGAACAGUGGAAGGAGUCCCAACAGCUCCCCCUCACAAUGUCAGCAUACUAGUGAGUGAUUCCUUAUUGACUGUUGAAUGGGCUGGACCUCCGGAGGAAGAAAUUAAUGGCAUCCUGUUGGGAUACAUGUUGAGCUAUGAUUGGGAAGGUGGUAAUUCCCAUGUGAGUACAUUUAAAGCCCUUCAAAGUUAAUACAAAAAGGAUUUUUUUUGGGGGGUUGGCACUUAUGUGAGAACAGCUGUUGUUCUAUGCAGUCAGGUGGUUCAAGUAA